AUGUUGCUGAGGAAUUGCCUGCUAACGCUGCUGAUCUGCCGGCGGUCAGCGGCCGAGUCCAGCGUCGAGGUGGACUACUCCGAGCUGGCAGAGAAGGCCGAGAGCAACAAGCAGAACAUCCUCAACUUCCUCAAGGACUCGCGGGUGCAGGAGCAGUAUAAGGCGCUCUAUAACUCCUUGCUUACCAAACUUAUAGGUGCCGGCGCCACGGCUAGCAGAAGAGGGUCUACGCGUCGGAUCGUAUCCGGGCGGAACACGUCCAUUGCAGCCGUUCCCUGGCAGGUGUCUCUGCGACAGAAGACGUACCCCAUCUGUGGCGGCUCCGUCAUCACCGACCGCUGGCUCAUCACCGCCGCACACUGCUUGCUCAGAACUCGCUCGAGCGACCUGACUGUGCGGUUGGGGUCCUCCUGGAAGACCCACGGCGGGGAAAUGUAUGACGUCAAGAACAGCUUCGUACACCCCCGCUACGUCAGCAAGACCAAGGUCAACGACGUGGGGCUGGUGGAGCUGUACUCCCAACUGCGGUUCUCCGCCAGGGUGCUGCCCAUACGCUUCGUGGAUAAAGAGGCCCGGCUUAAGGCUGACUCGCCUGCUAUUGUCUCAGGAUGGGGGAAACUUAAGGAAGGAGGUCCAAGCGCGACGUAUCUGCAGUCCACCACUAUCCGGACCAUCGCCAUGAAGCUGUGCAAGCGGUCAGGCCUGGACCGCAAGGCCAUUGACCCCGUCUCCAUGUUCUGUGCCGGCUCCUUCACGCAACCCUCGCCUGAUGCUUGUCAGGGUGACAGCGGUGGCCCCAUCGUCUACAACGGCGUACUUAUCGGCGUGGUGUCCUGGGGGUUGGGCUGUGCCAGGGGCAACUUCCCCGGGGUCUACUCGCGACUGGCCAACCCUAUUGUCUGGGACUGGAUAAACGGACAUAUUACCAGGAAACCCGAUAACACCACCACAUAGACGUACAUCCUCGAACUUUAAAUCAGUUGAUUUCUCAAAGACUUGAUACUUGUUAUUUUUAUAGAACCGUUACAUGUUACGUUACCGGACUCGUCUAUCGCGUCGUAGACACAAAUUAACCCGCACUAUCGGCUACGCUGCCAAUACGUAUAAAUGAGCCAAUAGAAUUUAUUUAUUUCUCGCGUCGCGCGCACGUUCGGAGUCGAGAUGCGUGUUGCGGCUACAGUCGUUUCGUUUUAAAGCAAACUCACAGGAGAUUUAGGGUUGAACCAAACCUGGCAACACAGAAUCGCAUUUGUUCCGCCUCUGCGUGCUGCCGCGCGCGGAUUGACCCUGCACUGAAGCGCUGUCGCAUUUAAGAUUUGCUUUCCCAACAGUAAAGCGAGCGACAACUGCUAGCUGCUGUAUUGCACUUCCGCGCUUUUAUCGCUCUAGUAAGUGACGGUUCUGAAUGUCAGAAAAGGAAUGAAGAAUACAGGUAGUGCGAUACGAUGUGGCCAGAUGUAGUUCAACCUUUAAACACCCUUACCUAUCGCCUUGGACCAGAGUUACUUCUUUUUUACUUCAGCGUAUUAAUUUCAUUGUUGGACAUGAAUGUCAUGUUGCUCGGACUUGUGAACUGUGUAUGUGUGACUUAUUAGUCAAUGAUUACAAUUAUAAAAGUGUCACUUAUAGAGGAAUGUUGUUCUUCUGCGUGAUAUUUACGUCAGUCAAUAUUACCACUGUACACUUAGAAAUCUUUGCACAAACAAUCUGGGCUGCUGUUUAUUUUGUAACUGAAAGUUCAAGAUUCAAUAUUAAUCACUGGCUAACUGACUGAUUGUACUUUUUUAUUAUGUACGUACUCGGUUUUUUUUUAUUAUUUGUAAUAAAUAAAUGAAAAUGAAUGUUCUUUAUUGCACGUUUCUAAACAAC